AUGUUUGAGGAGAUCAUUGCCGACUCACGGCGAACAAGCGCGCUCGAAAGAAAAGCCAAACGAAAACAGCGCGAGGAAGAAGACGAAGAAGAAGAAGAAGAAGAAGAAGAAUCCGACUCAGCAUCGACACCGGAAACGGGCUCAUACUCGCCCACCACUAGCACCACCGACUCAGAACCUAGCAGCCCCCCCUCGCAGCCCCCUCAGCUCAUUAUCGUCAAUGGCAAACUCAUCGCCCCCCAGUCUCAACAAACUCACACUCCUGCCCACAAGGAAGCCCGUCAGAAACGGAAAUAUCUCUGCCAUUGGGCGGGAUGUCAGAAGAGCUACACCAAACCAGUCAGAUUGGAAGAGCACUUGAGGAGCCACACCAAUGAGCGGCCUUUCAGUUGUCCGACAUGCCCCGCAGCUUAUCGCAGGGAAACGCAUCUGACGGCGCACAUGCGAAUGCAUCUCCCGGAGUCCUCUCGCCCGCUACUAUGUGGCUGGCAGGAAGGCACGAUCCCAUCAACGUCCGCCUCUGCGGCCACACAGGAAGGUUGUCCGCGCCGAUUCUGGACCCAACAGCAGCUCAAGAUCCACCGCGAGAACGUGCACGAAGGCAAGAAGGGGCAGGCCAAGCUGCAAUGCGACCAGUGUCCGAAGGAGUUCCUCAAGCACAACGCCCUGCGCGCCCAUCUCGUCGAGGCCCAUUGCCCCCCGGGCACCAAGUCUUACAUGUGCCCGCAUCCCAACUGCGGCUUCUCCUUUGCCAACCCCUCCCGAUUGCGCAAACACGAACGCACCCACGACCCCUUCAGAUACACCUGUGCCCAUCAGGACUGUCUCGAUAACCCCCGCGUCUCCAUCCAAGAGCGCUCCUUCUCGAGCUGGACCGACCUCCAGCGCCAUACCCGAGACUGCCAUCCAUUCAAAUGCACCGAGCCGGACUGCAGCAGGAGCAAGAAGCCGUUCAAGUCUCUCCGAUCGCUCAAACAGCAUCUGCUGCUCUGCCAUCCUGCCCCUCAGCAGCACCAAGCGGGAGAGCCAGACGGGCCCAUAGAGCCAGGGGUGUUCGCAACACGCAAUACGGGAGCGUUCGUCUGCACCCAGUAUCCGCCCUGCGAGCGGGCGUACAAAUCCGCUCGCGCCCUCCAGCGCCACGUCAACCUCAUCCAUCUCAUCGACCGCCACACCUCCUGUCCGGUCGCCGACUGUUCCUUCAGCUCUGCAUUUCCCUCGGGCUUAGCCAAACACAUCAAGUCCAAACACCCGCCCGACGAUCAGCCCGCCGCCCCGCCGCCCAAGAAACGCACGAAGCCCACCCGAGUCCAGAAGCUCUCGCAGAUCGACGUGCUCACCGGGAUCGGAUACUCGCAUCCCAUCCUCCCCUUCUCCUCCUCCACCACUGACCCCCCGCAGACCCAGCCCGCCUUCCGCAAAUUCGCCUGUCCUUUCCUCACCCUCUCUCUUGCCCAACCGGACCCCCGUUUCCAUGCCGCUGAGCACAACGGCUCUGCUGCGGGGCCCGAAGAGGGCCAGGAAGAGCAGCCCGGCUCAGCCCCACAAGCCUCGACUAGUCCGACCGACAAACGCGCGCAUCUCAGCACGGAUCCGGAGAUGGGGCGCGAGGAAGACACCGAAAAGUGCCUGUUCAGGUUCAACCGCUUGUACGAUAUCCAGCGACAUCUCAAGUCCCACCAUUCAAUGCCCGUCGACCGCGAGACGUUGAAAGACUUCUAUGGCGUCGCCUAA